CCACUUUCCAGAUGAAGAACCAAAUUGCAAGAGGACUUGUCGCUUUUCUCCUUUAUCAAUUUUUCUUUGAAGUUUCCCCACAAGCUGGUGUUACAGCAGAAUUGAAAUGUGGUGAAUUUUCAACGCCCUCGAGAACUAUAGGCGGAGUUAAAGGUUAUUCAUGCGCUACAAAUGCAAGAAGUAUUGGAAUUAAAUGUACAGCAUUAUGUUACGAAAAUUCUUAUGUUGAGAACGUAAUAUAUUCGUCAUAUCCAGCAUCAGAGUACAAAUGCACUGCAAGCAGGGAUGGAUUAACCGCUGUCUGGAAUCCGACAUCACAGAAGGUCAGAUGUCGAGAAAUUAAAUGUCCUACUUUGCAAUUUAAUGUCGGAUCCCACUCUGUUGAACUUUGUGCCAACAAACCAGUGGGUUCGGAAUGUACAUUGAGAUGCGAAGAAGGAUAUAGACUUGAAGGAAGAACAAAAACAGCGACAUGCAGCCGAAAAAAAUCCCAGAAUUCCGCUAUGUGGUCAUCAAUCGGGAAUACAGAAUGCGUUCGUAUUACCUGUGAGCCACUCAUAAUACCAGAUCCACAAAAUAACUAUUUGAAGAAACCGACAUAUCGGACAACAUGCUCAGUAAAUGCUGGAACGUCGUGCGAUCUUGAAUGCGGUUAUGGAUAUAAAUUUCAAAAUGGAAGAACUUCCAAAACUAUCGGAUGCCAAAAAGACGGAGACAGUGCAAAAAUUAAAUGUCCUAGUUUACAAUUUAACGACGGAUCCAGCCUUGUUGAAUUUUGUGCCAAUGAACCAGUGAAUUCAAAAUGUACACUGAGUUGCGCAGAAGGAUAUGAACUUAAAGGAACAACUAAAACCGCAACAUGCCGAAAAAUAACCACGAAUCCCGCUAAAUGGUCAUCAAUCGGGAAUACAAAAUGCGCUCAAAUAACUUGUGGGGGUUAUUUGUUUCAUAAUGGUGAAACAAGGAAGAACCAAUGCACAAGGAACAACGCCCUCGGAUCAGUAUGCUAUUUACAGUGUGCGAGUGGAUAUAAAUUUGAAGGAGAUUCAAACCAGGUGACAUGUGUAAAGCCCAGUCCAGGUGAUACAGCUCGAUGGAAAAAUUUAAACAAUGCAAGAUGCGUCCGUAUAACCUGUGAGACGCUCAUAAUACCCGAACCGGGAAAUAAAUAUUCGAAGAAACCGACAUAUCUGACAAAAACAUGCCGAGGAAAUGCUGGAACGACUUGCGUUCUUGAAUGCAGUAAUAGAUAUGAAUUUCAAAAUGGAGUAACUUCCAAAACUAUCAGAUGCCGACAAGAGGGAGAAAGUGCAAGCUGGAGUCCUAAAAUAUCAACGAAUGAAAACUGUAAAUACUGGAUAUCGGAUGAUUCAGUCAAUGGUAGACAAAAAGCUGCAGCUGCGUGCAAAGAUCGGGCUGGCCCGGGAUACGAGUUAGCCAUGCCUAAGACAGCGAAACAAGCCAAAUUUCUUUACAAUGAAAUGAGAUCAACCGAAACAUUUUUGAUUAACGCAUGGAGAAAUAAAGCGAAAUGGACUUGGGGCGAUGGUGAUCCAUACCACAGCACGAGUACAACCUCCAAGAAGUGUGCGGUAUUGAAGUAUUAUCAAAGAACGGAAUAUUCCAAUUGUAAUCAGAAAUAUAUUUGCGAAAUGUGGAAUAAUACCGGAAGUAAUAAGAGUCCUUGUUCUCCAAAUCAUUGUGUGAAUGGGGAAUGCGUAGUGUACGGCUGUAGCUACAAAUGCAAUUGCCCACCAAUGUUUUUCGGACGCCAUUGCCAGAAUGGUCCGUUAACUGUUAAAUUUUCUAAAGACGAAUAUCAAACGACGGAAGGCGGGUCAAUUACAAUAGACUUCGAAGUGGUAACAAAUAAUGCGGGAAAAGCUGAAUUUCAACUAUUCAUAAACGGAAAACUAAAUAAAACAUUUUCCGUAAAUGGAGAAGAUUCUACAGAUGGGUCAAUUUUAAAAGAUCAACACACUCUAAAAGAUAUAACGCAAGACACGUACAUAAGUGGGAAAGGAAUACUGUUUACUGGUCCUACAUUAACAAAUGUUCAGAAUUGCACAAAAAUAACCGUUAUUGGUAAAACAAAGCAAAAUGCAGUGAACGUUUCUAAUGAUAUCUGCGAUGGAAAUAAGUUGACAGUAGAUUGGAACGAACUGAAAGAUUUCGAAUCACUAAAUUAUACAAUAAAGCUCAACGGAGAAAUCAGAGCAUCUGAAGAACACGCACCUUACGAUUUAUUGAAACUGCAAAAGAACACACAGUAUGAGAUACAGGUAAUACCAGAGAUUGAAGGAUGCUCAAAUAAAGAAAAAUAUUUUCGGAAGUAUCGUGAAACAACCAGCCAAGGACCCUCUGGUUCACCAAGCAGUAUCAUGCUUUCAAAUACUGGGAAAAUUUGCAAGAUUAAAUGGAAUCAGCAAUACAAAAGAAACAUUGGUGGUUAUGCAAUAAGAAUCGACGAAAGAGCGAAAAACUCAUUAUCUUCCAACACAAACGAUGCUUCCAAUUUUUUGGAAAGACAAUUAAAUAUAACUUUUGAAUAUGCGUUUUCAACAAAUCCAAACUCACAAUAUAAAGUACAGGUUGGCACCAUUCCCCCAGCUGUGUGUCUCGGAAAAGUGCCGAUUGCAUGGAGUAAUGUUGCUACUGGUUGCUCUACGAAACGAGCAGCUCCGUCCGUAGUUACCACUCCAGCGAUAGACGACAGCGGGAAUCCAAAACAUAAUACAAUUACAAUACAAUUAAGUCCAGUUGAUGAAAGAAAUGGAUCGGUCAGUUGUUAUAUUGUUGUUGUUCAAAAACGUACAAAAGACGGAAAUGAAACAAAAAAUAUAAAAGAUGUUGACAUGAUGAAACAGUUCAAUGAUAGUGUGGAAGAUGGAGAUAGUUUUGUUGCGUUUGCCUUGAAUCGGUUUGAUGAAACUCAAAGAAUUGUUCUUGGAAAUGGCGGAACAACUUGCUGUGAUAUGAGUGGGUCGAAUGAAACUUGCGGGAGUAAAGACGACAAUAGUAGAAAAAAGAGAUCAACUAUCAAAAACAAUGUUGUGGAAGGAAAUAAUCGAAAGCUGGACAGUGCCAGCGAAUACCAACAUUAUAUUCUGGUUUCUGUUCCGGAUGAAGAUGGCGGUGAUCCUAUCAUUGUGGCAAGUGGUUUUUCCGAGCCGUGGUCUGUAACAAAGGAAACGGUUGGACAAGGAUCAGAUUUACCGCUCAAAAUCAUUCUACCAUUGGUGAUAGUGCUGAUAAUAGUUCUAACCUUGAUUGGUGUUGUAUUUUAUAAAAUUUAUAGAAGGAAACAAGCGAAGGAAAAUCAUGUGUAUGAUGAGAUUGCAAUGAGAAGUAUUCCACCGAAUCGAGACCACCACGCCCUUAAAGUAGUCGAGCAUAUGGAUGUUGAAGCAAAUAUUGAGCAACGGAAUCCAGUUAAAAUUAGCAAUCAACUACUUGGAAAACAUUCUUUCCAGCUGGCAAAUUUGUUUCAGUUGAUGAAUGACAAAAGAGUUGAUGAGAAUCUAUUAUUCGUACGGGAAUUCAAGAAUGACGUUCCAGCAGCAAUGAAGUCAUGCAAGCUAACAGCAGAAAUUUCUAAAUUACCAGCAAAUCAACCGAAGAAUAGAUAUAAAAACAUAGUUCCGUAUGAUAACACAAGAGUUUUACUGCAAAAACUAUCUGGCGAUGAGUUCUCCGAUUACAUAAACGCAUCUUACAUUGACGGAUACAACUUUCCAAACAAAUUUAUUGCUACGCAAGGACCCAGGCAAAAUACCAUAACAGAAUUUUGGAGAAUGAUAUGGGAGAAAGAUUGCUACAUAAUUGCUGCGUUGACUAGAUUAAUAGAAAACAAAAAGGUUAAAUGUGCACAGUAUUGGUCCGAGGAUGGUGAUCAGAGCAUCACGUAUGGAGACAUCACCGUCAAUUUAAUCGAAAUUUCGAAAUGUGGAGACUUCGUUCGUCGCCGGUUUGAAAUAUCCAGGAACAAUGUGACAAGAGAAGUCCUGCAGUUCCAGUUCAUAGCAUGGCCUUAUCGUGGAAUUCCUGUUGCAACAUCGAGUUUGUUUCGAUUCCACAAAGCAGUGGCCCAUCCUCAAAGCGAAUCCGUAGGACCGAUUGUUGUGCAUUGCAGCGCGGGCGUGGGUAGAACGGGAACUUUUAUAGCUUUAGACAUACUUUCAGAACAGAUCGCCAAAUCAGAGAAUUUUAACAUAUGUGAAAUAGUCGGUAAGAUGCGCGAACGUAGGCCGGGGAUGGUCGAAACAUUGGAUCAAUAUAUACUUAUCCACAAACUAUUAUUCGAGUUAUAUCAGUUUGGUGAAUCAGAUGACGAUGUUUCUGGAUUCGAGUCAAAGUACAAAAACAUCAUGAGAAAAAAUGGUCAAUCAAAUGAAAUCGAUCAUGAAUUUGAGAUGCUGAACUAUUUUCCACCGCUCGACACAGUUCAAGCUGCUGGAUGGAGGAGGGAAAAUAAACAUUUGAAUUGCGAUCGGACAGUCAUUCCAUAUGACCACAAUGCGGUGUCAAUUAAGAUGAAUCCCGCUGACAAAUGUGUACCGUAUUACAAUGCCAGCAACAUCACAUCCUACUAUCCGACAGACAUAUUUAUAGCAGCACAAACUCCAUCUUCGGAAAGUACCGAGGCAUUCUGGCGAAUGAUCUUAGAUAACAAAGUCAGCAUGAUUGUAUCCCUGUGUGAGAAAAACGAGAAGGCAAGCUACUGUUUUUGGCCCAACAAAGCAGAGGAGUGGAAUUACGGACCUGUGCAUGUGAAAACAACUUUAGAAACCUGUUCAGCGGGUUACACGAAAAGAGAAUUUGUAAUAUCACUCAAAGACAAAAAGGUUGUGUAUUUGGAAUUGUCAGUUCCACAAAUUUACUACGACCAAUGGCCUGAACAAGUAAAUCCGGCGAAUUCUAGCACUAUUCUUGAGAUAAUUGCAAGCAUUGAAAGGCACAAUCGAACAUUGGCAAGUUCUGAGAACAUGACAACGCUUGUACAUUGCAGUUAUUUAACAAUUUUGCGUUUGUUUAGUGAUGGAUCUGGACGAACUGGGACUUUUUGUGCCAUUUCAAAUCUUAUCGAGAGACUGAAAAAUGAAAAUCGUGUUGAUGUCUUAAGAACAGUGAAAGAUCUGAGGGAUCAAAGACCGAUGAUGGUCCGAAAUAAGGGUCAAUAUGAAUUUUGCUAUCAGGCUGUCAGCGACUUCCUUCAAUCAUUUCAUCUUUAUGAAAUCUUUCAAGAGAAAGAAGGAAGCGACAAUAUGGACCAAUAA